AUCCAACUCCACAACUGCGACUCUUGUGGCUAUCCUACAAUCAACUUCAAUUCAUUCCAUCCAAUUUACUGGCAAAUCUACGGCAACCUGCAGAACUCAGAUUGAAUAACAACAUAAUAUCAAAAUUUCCCUUUGAAAAUUUGUCAAACAUUGGAACAAUUUCUACUCUUCGCCUUCACAAUAACCUAAUGACAACCCUUCCCUCUAUAGCCUAUGACAUACUUUCAUCCAUUGAUCAUUUAAGCAUGUACGACAACCCCUGGCAGUGUGACUGUAGGAUGGUGGACUUCAGGUUAAAAAUGACUGGUUCAAAUCUUUUUGAAAACGAUAUCACUUGUUCCCAACCUAACAACUUCUAUGGGCAGAAACUGAUAGACAUCAAUCUUGAAGAUUUGAUGUCAAAAUGUCAAGAACCAACAAUUGUGAGGUUUGAGAGAGUUGACAACAUGACUUUGUAUCUGGGAGAUACUCUUCAUUUAGUCUGUGAAGCUUCAGGAAUCCCCACACCAGAGAUCACAGUCACUCUCCCAUCUGGACUGAUUGCUACUGUUGAGUCAGUUGGGAGAGUGACUGUGUGGGAGAAUGGCACCAUCAUCGUGAGAAAUGUUACUGCUGUAGAUGCUGGUCUAUAUGCAUGUGUUGCAGUAAGUCCUAUGGGCACCACAGAUGCCAUUCUUUAUGUAAAUAUGGUCUAUGAAGAGCCAGCUAUUGUCAGGUUUGAGCAAAGGGAUAGUACUAGUAACCCACUGAUAGAGGGAGAGACUCUCUAUUUAGUCUGUGAAGCUUCAGGAAUCCCCACACCAGAUAUCACAGUCAUUCUCCCAUCUGGACUGAUUGCUACUGUUGAGUCAGUUGGGAGAGUGACAGUUUAUCUGAAUGGUACAAUAGCCAUAAGAAAUGUUACAGCAGCAGAUGCUGGCCUGUACACUUGUAUUGCACGAAAUUUAGCCAACUCCACUUCUGCCACCCUGGUUGUAGAUCUAAAUGCAGUCCCCAUGGCCACAACUGUUUUGACACCAAUAGUCAUCAUGACAUCACCUCCUUCCCCCAGUUUCUUCUUGCCUGUACUCCUUGGUGCUACCUGUGGUUCUGCAUUUGGUACUGCCAUUAUUGUUGCCAUUAUUCUCACAGUUUGGUGCAAAAGAAGCAGCAACCAAAGGCCUCCUGAAGGCCCAGACUCCAGUGUUGUUCUUAGCAACACCAACGCCACAACUACCACUGUGAACACUAAUGGGCAGGAUCUGACAGGGCAAGCCCAACCUAUCAGUCCACCCUUAAAUGUCGAUAAUCUACUGAUCGUCCCACACCCAGAUUCCCCCCAGUCCGAGUCUGACGAAGAUGCGCAGCCUCCUCUAAGAGGUACAGAUUCAAGGCAACCUGGUACAAGUCCAUCUUCGGAUGUCACAAACCCACAUCUCACCCAACAACCAGCUUCCUCCGAGUCAGAUUUAUCUUACACGGAUGUGGAGUCUCCUCUAAGAGUUACAAAUUCAAGGCAACCUGAUACAAGUCCAUCUCAAGAUGUCACAAUCCCUCUGCUUGACAUGCAUGUACGGCGAGCCUCCUCUGAGUCAGAGAUGUAUGAAGAUGUGGAAACUCCUCCAAGUGAUGCAAAUCCAAGGCAACCUGAUACAAGUCCAUCUUCAGACGUCCAAGGGCCAGCUGUCCUAGAAUCAGAGCUUUACGAAGAUGUGGAGCCUUCUCCAACAGGUGCAGUUCUGAGACAAACUGUUACAAGUCUAUCUUCGGAUGUCACAAACCCACAUCUUGUCCCACGGCCAGCUUCCUCCGAGUCAGAGUCAUCUUAUGAAGAUGUGGAGCCUCCUCUAAGUGAUUCAGAUCCAACACAACCUGAUACAAGACUUAGUCCAUCUCCUGAAGUCUCACACCCUCUGCUUGCCCCACGGCCAGAUUCCCCCCAGUUCCAAACUUACGAAGAUGUGCAGUCUCCUCCAAGUAACCCCAGGCAGGCCCUAGAACCACACUACAGCAAUAACACUUCUGACGAGCCUUCCCCCCUCCCCACUCCCCACACAGCUAAUCCUGGUAGGCAGGAGAAACACGCCUACCAACCUCUACUGACAACCAGGAAUCAGCCAGACAGUGGCCAGGACACUCCCCAUCCCUACCAGCCACUGACAAGGAACUAA